UCUUGUAGUUUAGCCACCAGCUGCUUUUAUGUGUGAUUUUGUGUUUAUUGGAUUGAUGGUGUGCAGGUUUAAACAGUUUCCUAUUACUUUCUCAGAGGAUUUGCCUCGAGAUACUUUAUAGGUUUCACCUAUUGUUGUGUUUUAAUGGCAUAGUGGCCUGCUUUGCUUGUUCUGAAACGUGAACGUUGUCUUUAGAAUUGAUUUUUGGUAUGUUAAACUCCAAAUGUUCCAGUGCAGAUAUACGUGGAAAUAAUACAAGAGUUGCUCAUAAGUAAUCUUAUGAGAGAAUUAUAAAUUAUAACUUUAGUGCCAUUUUCUCCAUGUUUUGAAGGUUCGAUGAUUUUCAAUUGUUAUACUCAUUGAGUGAAAUAAUAAACAAGAUGUUUGCUGGAGGAAAAAAAGUUAAUGCUUCAUAUUCAUGUCAUUUUAUUAAAUCAGAGAGAGUUUAUUUAUCUAAGUUUAGGGUUCUGGAAGGAAACUGAAGGUAAUUGGGAACUGUUGCAGUAGAGGUGAAGAGGCUUUGGGUAAGGCAAGCUGGGGUGGGGGGGGAGCUGAUUUGCCUACACCUUAUGUUUUAUGGUUUUAUGGGAGUGAAAAGAAGAAAUAGAACACAUUUUUCACAACUUAGGGGUCAACUUAGGGAUCAAUAAUUUAGGGGUAAAUAGGGGGUAAUGUGAUUAAAUUAGAAGCCAAGAGAAGACUUCUGUUGAUGCUUGAAGAGAUCUCUCUUUGGACAGUACGAAUGAAACAGUUCAAGAGGAAGAGAAAAAGCAACUUUACAUUGAAAGAAACUGAAAUCUUACUGAAGGAAGUGAAGGACAAGAAAGAUAUAAUAUAUACACAGCAACAUGAUGCAGUAACCAAUGAGUUAAAAUGGAUGGCUUGGAAGGAAAUAGCAGAAAAAGUCAGUGCUGCAAGUUGCAGUGAACAACGUACUGCAUAUGAAGUGAAGAAGAAAUAUACUGAUUUAAAGUGUUAUUUAAAGAAAAGAGGGAAAUGCUUAGACAGGAUGGAAGCAAUAAUGACUGACUGUAGCCCUACUUCACUACAUGGCUUUAAUGACAAUGUUUUUAAUGGCAGAAGAUCCUGCCAUUUUGAAGAUUCUCUAUUGGUCAACGAACCCACUAGAUCUGUUUGUGUAAUAAAAGUGGAAGAUGCAGGUGACUUAGAAGAGGAGGAGGAAGAGCAGGAGCCACAAAAUACGGAGAUUAGAAACAUGGAAGAAGAAUCUGCUGUCAUUGCAAGUUCAAUCCCUACUACGCAGGGAUUGGAAGAAAUUGAGAACCUUUCUGAAGUGGAGGGACAUUCUUCACUCUCUGAUCACCCUGCAGCAUGGAAUUGCAACUCUGAUUCACUUUUCCUUAUGGAGAAACAGCGGUUAGAACUGGAGAAGCAACGUGUGGUACUAGAAUCCGAAAGACUGCAGGUAGAGAAAGAGCGUUUGCAAAUUGAAAAAGAAAAGUUACGAUACCUGGAUAUCGCAAAUGAAAGGCUGCAGUUGGAGAAAGUUCGGUUGCAGCUGGAGAAGGAGCGUUUGCAUCUCAAGAGAGAGAAAUUGAAGCUAUUGACAGUGCAGGCCAAUAAGUUAUCACAAGAGAAUGAAUGUAACUCACUGACUGAAAAUACAACUUUAAAGCCCAUGGAUAUUGAUGCAGAAAAAUUAAAAUUGGAAAGAGAAAGAUUACAGAUGAAAAAAGAAAGACUACAGUUCUUGAAUAUUGAGACUGAAAAGCUGCAGAUAGAGAAAGAACGUCUGCAAAUUGAAAGAGAACACUUGCAGUUGCAAAAACAUUGCCAAAAAAGUAAUUCCAUUUAAUUAUUAGCAUAUUGUUUUUCAACCUAUAUCUAAUCUAAAUUGAAUUUUGCAUCCUAUUGAAGUUACUUUUUGCAGUGUUAUAGAAAGUUCCUUACAAAUGCCGUCCCGCAGUCUAUUUUUAUCUGUACAUUUAUGAAGAAUUAACAUGUAUAUGGUUAAAAAUUUUAUCUCUAAUUUUGUGACCUCUUCAAGUCAGACCAAACCUUAACAUGCAGCAAAGACACACAAUAUAAACUGUUAAAUUUGGAUUUGAAUUUUGACUGCAUUUGUUUAAAUUGUACUGAUAUAUGAAUUAGUGUUUACUGGAAGGAUCCUUUUAGUCUAAUUUUAUUUCUUAUAAUUAAUCUCCAUAAAACAUUGGUCUUGAUGUUAAUAACUCUUCAAAGGAAUUGUAAUCAAGCUGCUUGUGCACUGCUGGUUUACUUUACACUACCUCGAAGACCUAAAUAUUUUGACUCACACGUGUUUUUGUUGAUUGAGGUAAGCUUUUUAGCUAGUGCCUGAAAUUAUACUUCUAACAACUGCUGGCCCUGUCUACAAGGAGUGUAAGAGAUGAUGUACCAUAGAUGUGAAAUAUUUCUGGUAGCUUCUAUGUUGUUGCUCCUUUUUGUCCUUCUUGUAACAGUGAGCUUUUAUUACAUUCAAUUAUAUUGAUUACUUCAUUGAAAUUAAUUCAUUAGAAGUUCUGAGAUUUUAUCUGUGCUUGCCAUAUUCAAACACAAUUCCAGUGAUACAGCUCAACAGAUUUUAGAUAGGUUUCUUUCUUGUCUACCCUGUGUGGAUUCAAUGUCAGGGCACGGAAAUGAAAAAUGUGAAAUGCUGCAUUGUGAUUCCUCAAACUAUAUUAAUAUGACAAUGGCAACAAUCUAACUCCGUCACCAAUCCGGCCAAAGGAAGUUGGAAAAUUUAGGUUUGAUCUUUCAAAACACUAGUAAGAGGCUUUCCGUGCAUGACCUUAUUGUAUUACUGUUCUUAAACUGUGUUAAACAAGUGAUCAUGUUCUUUUUAAAAGAUAAUAGGGUCAUGGUAACUUAGAGUUAGGGAGAGAAAGAAUUGGCUAGAUUUCAUGUUAUGUUAUUUCCAUUGAAAAAUGUUUUCAUGUGACUGCAACUUUACAGUUAGUACAAGCUACCUUUAGCUGCGGUUUUGACAUUUACCUCUGUUUACUUGGAAGUUAAACUGGUAAAAGAAAAAUCCUUUUAUUUUAUGGUUCAAAUAUCAUAGCAUUUCAGUUUCUAAGUAUGAGUUCAUUUGAUUAACUCAUUAUUGGUAGUUUAUAAGUUUUAAUACAAUAUAUUUGCACAGUAGAUAGAAAACCAAAGCUGCAUAUUAUUAGAAAAUUUGCACUGUGCCUUUAGUAAGUUGAGGCAUUGUGAUAAAUAGACUACUGCCCUCUUUUAUUAUAUCUCAUUUGUUUAAAUUAUAAUCCAGCCUUCAGAAUAACAAAAAGUGUGCUGGAAAUUUUCUUGAUUUGAGAUUUCAAGUGCUGGUUUCAAUAAACUAUUGUUCAGUUUUAACCAUUUUCAUCCAAUUCCUUAGAUAUAUUUUCUGGAAGGAGGCAAGUUUACAAGUAGAAUUAAUGAUAAUUAUAUCUGUAUCCUCCCAAUUUAUAUGCCAUUGCAAGAAAUUCAAUAAUCUUGUGUUUGCAAAUCUGUAGUAAAUAUUUUUGUUCUAUCUAAAUAGUAUUUGAAUGAAAAUGAGAUGAUAAGAUAUGGCUAAUGUACAUAGUUUUAAGAAUACUGUGAAUUAAAUUAAACUUCUAGUUUUCUGCGUGCAUAACUUCUGAUCUAAAUAAAAAAUUAAGGAAAAUAUCAGAAGUACUUGUUGGGUACCAAAGGGAGGACUAAGAUAACACUUGUAUGAUGUAUCAAUGAACAUGCACUAAUGUUUUACUUUACUAACAAAGGGAUAAAAUUUCGUUUUUUGUUACUUGCACUAAAUGGGCCAAAUAGUAUUGGCUGUAUGUUUUGAAUAUUGCUCGAUUUCAUAUUUAGUGUAAGCAACCAAGGACAGAUUUCUAGGUCAAAGAGUUUAAAAUCGUUUUUCAAAUAACCUUCAUGUCUUUGGUAAUGUGUGGAAAUAGGUUGUAUAAAUAAAAUGGUUAAAUUAAUUUAUCCUAGACUCUUCAGUUUUCUUAGGUUGUGAAGGGAAGUAUAUUCUUUAGGAACCUUGGCCUGGAUACUACUCAGGAAAAUGCAAUUGCCAUAUUACUCAAUCACAUAAAAUUGCAUCUCAUAGAGCUGUUGAUUGAGUACAAAAUUUGGUUUCAUCUCACAUAGUUUCUUAUGUGAAAAAUGGCCACUGCAGCAAGGCAUUGGUUCAAAGGAUCAAACAUCGUAAGGGCCUGAUAUUAUGUUUAGACUUCCAAUAGAAAAGGGAGACUAUUUAGGGGAAAAAAUAAUUAGUACAUUUCAAUUUAUUAUACUGACAGACCAAUGUACUUACUUUGCUUUUUAAAUACAAGUUACUUUAAAGUCCAAAUAAGUGAUUGUAGUGGCGACUGUAGCCUUAAUUAUAUGCUUGGAACUGAAAAUUUUAUGACCUAAAUAUUGAGUAUAAUUUUCUACCAAUGGUCUCAAAAGAUAUCCAGUAAACCAUGAAUGCCGAAAUUCAGACAGUUCUAUUAGUGGUUAUAGUUGUUAUUUACACAAUUUAAUUGUUCAAAUUCUGUGAAUCCGUAGAUUUAAAAAGAGAUAUUGUUGCACAAUGUUAUCUGAUUGGUGAACAAAUCCUAAAAUGGGUUCAUAAUUUCAUUAUAAUUUUUUAAAUGGCUUUUAUAUAUAGUGCCAGAUCAUCCUAAAAUGGUUUCUGAAUAUUUCCAGCCAAAAAGCUAGUCUGGUGUUGCACAAAGCCAUUAAGUCCAAAAAGUACCAUUCAGGUUAAAUUCCCAUUCUGUGAUAUUAACUGAAUUAACAGAUGGGUCAUUAUUUUGACUUCAUCACUUCAGAAAUAGAACUGUCCCUGCUUUUUUUUUUCCUGGUUACUGGUCAAAAUCCCCUGCAAUGAAAUGUUUGUGGAGUUUUGAUGGACUUCAUGGUUAUUCCCCUAUGGUCAGAAUAGCUUUCAAUUAUCAGGUGCUAUUUGCUUCUAAAAUAUGCGGAAUAUUAUCCUAGUUACAGUCUGAAUGGGGAGUAGAGAAAAAAAUAUUGACCUGGACUGUAUUGUCUUUUACCAACAGUUCCAAUUAGAAUUGCUGGCUUUAAGUUGUUAUAAUUGCAACUUCGACUUCAGUGCAUGCGCAAUCAGUGUGGAAGGCUAUAGAUGUAGGUAGCAAAGCUAAACGGAAUUAAGACUAACUUACGUUUUACUGCUGAUUUAGCACCAGCUUUGCAGCCUAUCGGGCAUUUUGCAGACUCGGCCUCUUUAGGCCCACCUACCAUCACUAUGCCACUGGGAUCCAAUCUGCUGAGAGAGGGUGACAUAGUCCUCCACAUCCAGCCAAGUACAUGCAAAUGAAGGUUGGCUAUAGUACUGUUUCUGGUUGGGGCACUAGACUCAUUAUAUAUAUUCUAAAAUCAAAUAAAUUAAAAAAAAUAUAUGUACUACUGAAGUGUACGUGUUAAUUCUAAAUACAUUCUAAAAUUACAAAUAGUAAUGUCAAAUUUUGAUAUCUUGUAUCAAUUUUUUUUUCCUGUAAGCUUCAAUGUUCGGCCCAACAACAUUGCACUGGUUUGUAAUUUUGACAGUAGUAGAACCUGCAAUCACAAUUUAUUCAGGAAAUUAUCUUUUAUGAUCACCUUAGCUACUAAAUCACACAGAUACAUUUGUGUCCCAUUUUUCAUGAUGACUGUUAUCCACAAGAUAAAUAUUAUUAAAAGGAAAAUGUUUCUGUUGGCUAGCUUACCAAAAAUAAAGCUGGUAUUUUGUAAGAAAAUAGUAUCUGAGAGAAAAAAAAUCUUCUGAAUGUGUUUCUUAUUAAAGUAGUUCUAUAACUAAGAACAUGACAUUUGGAAAUUUAGUUACUAGUGGCAUAAUUUGUAAUAUUUAAAUCAAAAUAAAAGGAAUUUUCAACCAACUUGUCCUUGGAGCCAUGAUUUUGUUUGCAUGGAUAUUGUUGUUAAACUAAGAAUAUCUGGUUGGUGCUGUACUUCGCUUUUUAAAUGGUUGUCAGUUAUUUUAUAUUGAAUUCCUAUCGGAAAAUGUAAGAACUUUAUUAAGGAAACUCAAAACAUAUUAAUUUUUAAAAAAACAAAUGAACCUGUAAGAGAUUCUGAAGUAAAUUUACAUUAAAAUUUCUAUUGUAAUAUUAAAACAUCUGUCCAGACUUCCCAGUCAGAAACGAAGAUCAAAUAAUUGAAUGUUGGAAAUAAAGCAAUUGGUGUAUUCUCAAAGCCUGAAUUGAGGUAUUAAGAACAUUUUUAUUUCAUUAGUCAACACAAUAUGUGGAAGAAUUUAAGACUCUUUGGAUAUGUAGGGGUCAAGCUUGUGAAUGUUCCUGAGAUAUAUCUGAAGUCCUUGCAAGAAGGAGGAUUGCACCAUCGGUUGGAAUGCGACUAAAAUGUUGUGAUUUAGUUCAAGGUUCAAAGUCAUGUAAUGUUCUUGUUUGUUGCAAUCUAGUUCUAAGUUCAAAGUCAUGUUGUUUGUUGCAAUCUAAUUCUAAAUUCACAGUCAAGCAAUGUUAUUGUUAAGUGCUUUUAGUUACGUAUGCUGUGUCUAUAUAAUGAAGCAUGUCUGAAAACUAAGCAGAGCCCCCAAGCACCGCUUUUAGGUAAAGCGUGAUAUCGUGUAUAAAUAAAGUCCUUUAGU